ACUGAUAAGGCGCAGCACCCCAGUGCUGGUGUGCACUGCUGGGAGUUACUGGCAGGAGAGGACCGGCCACAUCUCUGCACUCCGUUUGCCUCCUGUGCCUCCCACAGCAGCACUUUCUCAGUGUCAGGAGCCCCACGAUGCGGCUGCUCCUGCUCAUGCUGCCCUCACUGCUCUGCGCUGCCACAGAGCCUCUUCCGACUCCCUCCAGGGAUGGGUACGUGUGUCCCCUGGGGCAGUUUCCCUGCGGCAACCUCUCGGUCUGCCUGCCCCAGGCACUGCACUGCAACGGGGUGGACGACUGUGACAACGGUGCUGAUGAGGAGAACUGUGUGGACACCACAGGCUGGCUGGGGGUGCUGGGUGACAUGCUGGCUGGGAACGGCGGGACAGAGGAUGAGGCGGAUACGUGCUUGCUGGAGAUGCUCCCGGAGCAGUGCCGAUGCUGGGGAAGGGCCGUGGACUGCACUGCACGGAACUUCAGCUCUGUGCCCCGGGUGUCCCCCAAUGUGACACAGCUGGACCUAAAGAAAAAUAAAAUCCACACUCUGCCAGACAACCAGUUCAGUGGGUGCUGGAGCCUGAGGAAGCUAUUCUUGCAAAACAACAAGAUCCGUGUGAUCUCACCCAAGGCAUUUGCUGGACUUUCUCAGCUUAGGAUGCUGUUCCUCAGCCACAACAGGAUCUCACGGCUGCUGCCCCACACAUUUGAGGACCUGAACCGCCUUGAAUGGCUGAUACUGGACAACAACAGGAUUGCCUGGAUCACCCCUGCCACGUUCUCAGGGCUGAGGUCGCUGUACUUCCUGUACAUGCUGAACAACUCCCUGGCAAAGAUACCCGAUGGUUCCCUCUGCACAGAGACACCAAAGCUGAGCUGGCUGGACCUGGAAGGAAAUAGGAUCCGGGCGGUGCGUGGGGCCGUCUUCCAGCAGUGCCGUGAGCUCACUGUGCUGAUCCUGCGUAGGAACAGACUCCGGUGGAUCCAGAGUGGGGUGUUCUCUGGCCUGAGCAGGCUGGUGGAGCUUGACCUGUCCCUGAAUGGGUUGGAUGAGCUCCCACCAUCGCUGUUCCAUGGCCUGGCUGCCCUGCAGCAGCUGAACAUCUCCUACAAUCCCCUGAAAGAGAUCUGCCCCAGCCAAUUUGAGAGCCUACCCCAGCUGCUGUCCCUGAGCCUGGAGGGGCUGGAGAUCCCCAACAUCCACAACGUGACCUUCCGUGGGCUGGCCAACCUCUCCCAUAUCUACUUCAAGAAGUUCCAGUACUGCAGCUCUGCUCCCCACGUGCGCAGCUGCAAACCCAACACCGACGGCAUCUCCUCCUUCGAGCACCUCCUGGCCAACAUCAUCCUGCGUGUCUUUGUCUGGGUCAUCGCCUGCAUCACCUGCCUGGGCAAUCUCUGUGUCAUCUGCAUGCGGUCCUGCGUGGUCACGGAGAGCAGCGCACACACCAUGGCCAUCAAAUCCCUGUGCUGUGCGGACGGCCUGAUGGGCAUCUAUCUUUUUGUCAUUGGUGCCUUUGAUCUGAAGUACUCAGGAGAAUACAACAGGCAUGCACAGAGCUGGAUGGCCAGUGUGCCAUGCCAGCUGGUGGGCAGCCUGGCUAUGCUGUCCUCUGAGGUGUCCGUGCUGCUGCUCACCUACAUGACCCUGGAGAAAUACUUGUCCAUCGUGUUCCCCUUCAGCUACCGCAGAGCCGGCAGGAAGCAGACAGCCUCGGUGCUGGCUGCCAUCUGGCUGCUGGGCCUCUCGCUCAGCAUCGUGCCACUGUGCUGUAAGGAGUCCUUCGGCAACUACUAUGGGAGGAACGGGGUGUGCUUCCCUCUGCAGUCCGAGCUGGGCGAGCAGCCCAGUGCCAGGGGCUUCUCCACCACCAUCUACCUGGGUUUGAACCUUGCAGCUUUCAUCACCAUUGUCUUUGCCUACACGGGCAUGUUCUACUCUAUCCGCAUCACCACCUGCAGAACAGCGGAGAGUAACGUCUGCCCCCGGGACGUGGCUGUCGCCAAGCGCUUCUUCUUCAUCGUCUUCACUGAUGCUCUCUGCUGGAUCCCCAUCUUCCUGCUCAAGCUUCUCUCCCUGCUGCAGGUGGAAAUCCCAGGCACUGUCACAUCCUGGGUGGUCAUCUUCAUCCUGCCAAUCAACAGUGCACUCAAUCCCAUCCUCUACACCAUCACCACAGCUCCCUUCCAGGAGAAGGUGAAGGGCUGCCUGCACACCCGGCGCCCAGAGCUGAGCUCCCGGCAGAGCUUCAUGCUGGUGGUGCUAUAGGUAGGAGGCAGCCCCUGACCCUGGCUGGCACCACCACAAGACCCCAGCAUACCAGGCACUCCCUGCACAGCUCAGCCCUGGGAGCAUCUUUGCAGCUGCUCUCAGGUUUGGCUGCAUUCCGUGACCCAGAGAAGCGACCCAAAUGGCUCUGAUCACCACUCCCACAGCACCGCAUCACUGCACUGCUCAGCCCUGCAUUGGGGCAUCAGCCCACAGCACUCACCACCAGUGUCCCUGCAUCAGCCAGCAGCUAUCGUUAGUACUUUAUUAAUUACAUGGAUAGGAAGAGCAGCCCCAAUCCAAGUCAAACAAUCUGUUGCGUUGCAUACGAUACAGAACAAGAAAUAGCCCCUUAAAUACAAAAUACACAUCUUUUAAGUGAGCAUCACCUGGUGCUGAGCUCUACCACCGCAGUUAUAUAUUAAUAUUCCAACUGUACAAGUAUUUAUAUAGAAAAAAAGAAACAUUUAAAAAAAUAUUAGGAGAAAAAUCACUCCCUCCAGAAGUUAUAUUUUAUAUAUAUAAAAAAUAUAUAUAUAAAAACA